AUGGACAUGAUUGAUUUGAUUUACUAUUUUGCUGUUGGAUGUAGUGUAAGUAAUAUCAGUCUGAAGCACUACAACAUAGAAUAUCAUUUUCGGAACUGCCCAAAAGACCAUGUGGCCCGUGCACUUCUAGAAACUCGCUGCCACUUCCGACCUCCAUCUGCUCAAGCUGAGAGCUGCUGUGACAACCUCUCCACGAGAAUAUCUCGCGGCGCAACAAUUUCAUCGCCAUUGAAGAGCAACCGUCCCACAAUAUUGAUCAAGCCCAGCAAACCUCUGAUCGAGACGUGA